AUCGAUAAACCCUUGAGAUCCCGAGACUUGGGCGAAGCAAGCUUCAAUGGCGACUUCGACGGUGCUGUGUAGGUUAUCGUCUCGCCUGCGACCUGUAGCCCUCAAAAUCAACAAACCUUCACUCCCGAAAUCGAGCCCUCUCCCUCAGACUCGUCCUUCCGCUGCUCGCAUUUCUCGGUCCUCGAGGUUACCGGUGGAGCUGAGCUGCUUGGAGUCGAUGAUGCCGCUGCACAGUGCAAUAGCUUCGGCUCGAUUGAGGUCCAGCUUGUCCAUUGAGACCAAGUGUUGGGGAUUAGUUCCUCAAGGGAUCUCAAUGCCUUUAUGACAGCCAAAUUCUAGCAAGUUGUCACUAGGGCCUACUAUGUCCAUGGCACCGUGAAGGAACAAAGAUGUGUGUCGGUGUUAAUUAGUUAUCUUUUGCUCUUGAAAAGUUUGAUCCACAAUCUGCCAUGGGAGAUGGGUUAUUUGGCUAAUUCUUGUUUGCUCUUUGCUUAUUUCAUCCAGAAUUUCAUGUAUUCCAGUUUCAAACAUUGUUAUGCAAGUGCAUUGCAUUCCCAGAUUUUGCUCUUCAUCUCGGCAGGCUGUUAGUGGAAAACUAGGAUUGAGCCAAUAUAAUGUUUUGACAGUGUUAGAUUCUUGUUUAUGUCUGUUCAUCCAGUGGUUAAAUGAUGGUAAUUGGCAAUUUACACCUUAAUCUGAUUUAGAUGGCCGGCCCAUGCCUUCA